AAUGUUUGAAAGAAAUUUACCGCGAAACUGUUAAAAUAUGAAGCCUGUCCGGGGAUCUCGACGCGCCCCAUCCAAGGCACCUAAAGGCAAGAAGACAGGCGAGAAGCCAAAUAAGCCCGGUAUAAAGACAUGUCAACGGAGAGUAUCUCAGGAGGAGCCCCAGCCAGGAACCAGCAGCCAGGUCCCUCAGCCAAAACCACAGAAGAAGAAAAGUGGCACAGUUGCAGGUCCCAGGAAGCUGAAAGGUCAGGAGAAGUGGAAACCUCUGACCAAGUCCUCCAUUACGGCUCUAGACAACAUACUGGGCCUGUCUAUACUGUCUGUUCUGGCCGGAAGAUGGACUAAGAAAGAGGAAUCACAGAAACAUCUGAACAUUCUGAAAAACAGGUUCCUGUCUAAACUGGCUCAACUGCCAGUCCCAAUCCAGAAACAGGAAAUGAUAAGUCAUUCAUCCCGUCAACACCAGGAAGAGACUAGGAAGUCAGCCGUUGGCAAGAAGAUCCUCGACAAGCUGGUGGUGGAGCUGAGGGCUGUGGUGAGCUCUCUAGAACAGCUAGAGAAGGAGAGAGACUCCCUGGAGCACCAGUGUUUUAACCUCAGACAACUACUGGAACAGCAGGAAGAGAGUAACCAGCAGAUCCUCCAGUUGUCAGAACAAGGAGUCCUGCGUCUCCCCCCUGUACCUCAGCGCAAAGACAGACCCUUACAGGAGCAGAUGGUGUGUCUGGUUCGUAGCGGACACUCCGUCACCACGGCCCGUCGCCUAGCAAAGACCCUCCAGACAUCAGGGCCUGUCCAGGAUGCCCAGACCCUACUGGAACAAGCCUACAGACACGCAGACCGCCUGGUCACUACACCUACAGCUGUCAGCCAAUAGCAGGACUCCAUCCAGCCUGGUUGGACAAUAGCAGGACUCCAUCCAGCCUGGUUGGACAAUAGCAGGACUCCAUCCAGCCUGGUUGGACAAUAGCAGGACUCCAUCCAGCCUGGUUGGUCAAUAGCAUGGACUCCAUCCAGCCUGGUUGGUCAAUAGCAUGGGCUCCAUCCAGCCUGGUUGGUCAAUAGCAGGGCUCCAUCCAGCCUGGUUGGUCAAUAGCAGGACUCCAUCCAGCCUGGUUGGUCAAUAGCAUGGGCUCCAUCCAGCCUGGUUGGUCAAUAGCAUGGGCUCCAUCCAGCCUGGUUGGUCAAUAGCAUGGGCUCCAUCCAGCCUGGUUGGUCAAUAGCAUGGGCUCCAUCCAGCCUGGUUGGUCAAUAGCAUGGGCUCCAUCCAGCCUGGUUGGUCAAUAGCAUGGGCUCCAUCCAGCCUGGUUGGUCAAUAGCAUGGGCUCCAUCCAGCCUGGUUGGUCAAUAGCAUGGGCUCCAUCCAGCCUGGUUGGUCAAUAGCAUGGGCUCCAUCCAGCCUGGUUGGUCAAUAGCAUGGGCUCCAUCCAGCCUGGUUGGUCAAUAGCAUGGGCUCCAUCCAGCCUGGUUGGUCAAUAGCAUGGGCUCCAUCCAGCCUGGUUGGUCAAUAGCAUGGGCUCCAUCCAGCCUGGUUGGUCAAUAGCAUGGGCUCCAUCCAGCCUGGUUGGUCAAUAGCAUGGGCUCCAUCCAGCCUGGUUGGUCAAUAGCAUGGGCUCCAUCCAGCCUGGUUGGUCAAUAGCAUGGGCUCCAUCCAGCCUGGUUGGUCAAUAGCAUGGGCUCCAUCCAGCCUGGUUGGUCAAUAGCAUGGGCUCCAUCCAGCCUGGUUGGUCAAUAGCAUGGGCUCCAUCCAGCCUGGUUGGACAAUAGCAUGGGCUCCAUCCAGCCUGGUUGGACAAUAGCAUGGGCUCCAUCCAGCCUGGUUGGACAAUAGCAGGGCUCCAUCCAGCCUGGUUGGACAAUAGCAUGGGCUCCAUCCAGCCUGGUUGGACAAUAGCAUGGGCUCCAUCCCGCCUGGUUGGUCAAUAGCAGGGCUCCAUCCCGCCUGGUUGGUCAAUAGCAUGGGCUCCAUCCAGCCUGGUUGGUCAAUAGCAUGGGCUCCAUCCAGCCUGGUUGGUCAAUAGCAUGGGCUUAGCACGGACCACCUGACUUUACCUGAUACAUAGUUAACGUUGUAUUCUGUAUCGGGAGGAGCCCUAUUUGUUCAUAUCUGUAUGUAUUUUAUUUUUCUAAGUGUUUCUUCUUUUUAGCUGUAGAUGAUCAUUAAAAACCUGUAAAAGUAUUUUGGACUGUUUUGAUGUUCCUAUGACGCUUAUAGUUCUUAUAAUGCAUCUAGUCCAGACAGGCUGGGUGACAGGCUUACUUCAGCCCUAAGAUAAUGCCUCUAGUCCAGACAGGCUGGGUGACAGGCUUACUUCAGCCCUAAGAUAAUGCCUCUAGUUCAGACAGGCUGGGUGACAUGCUUACUUCAGCCCUAAGAUAAUGCCUCUAGUUCAGACAGGCUGGGUGACAUGCUUACUUCAGCCCUAAGAUAAUGCCUCUAGUCCAGACAGGCUGGGUGACAGGCUUCAGCCCUAAGAUAAUGCCUCUAGUCCAGACAGGCUGGGUGACAGGCUUCAGCCCUAAGAUAAUGCCUCUAGUCCAGACAGGCUGGGUGACAGGCUUACUUCAGCCCUAAGAUAAUGCCUCUAGUCCAGACAGGCUGGGUGACAGGCUUACUUCAGCCCUAAGAUAAUGCCUCUAGUCCAGACAGGCUGGGUGACAUGCUCACUUCAGUAAGAUAAUGCCUCUAGUCCAGACAGGCUGGGUGACAGGCUUCAGCCCUAAGAUAAUGCCUCUAGUCCAGACAGGCUGGGUGACAGGCUUACUUCAGCCCUAAGAUAAUGCCUCUAGUCCAGACAGGCUGGGUGACAGGCUUACUUCAGCCCUAAGAUAAUGCCUCUAGUCCAGACAGGCUGGGUGACAGGCUUACUUCAGCCCUAAGAUAAUGCCUCUAGUCCAGACAGGCUGGGUGACAGGCUUACUUCAGCCCUAAGAUAAUGCCUCUAGUCCAGACAGGCUGGGUGACAGGCUUACUUCAGCCCUAAGAUAAUGCCUCUAGUCCAGACAGGCUGGGUGACAGGCUUACUUCAGCCCUAAGAUAAUGCCUCUAGUCCAGACAGGCUGGGUGACAGGCUUACUUCAGCCCUAAGAUAAUGCCUCUAGUCCAGACAGGCUGGGUGACAGGCUUACUUCAGCCCUAAGAUAAUGCCUCUAGUCCAGACAGGCUGGGUGACAGGCUUACUUCAGCCCUAAGAUAAUGCCUCUAGUCCAGACAGGCUGGGUAACAGGCCUACUUCAGCCCUACGAUAAUGCCUCUAAUCCAGACAGGCUGGGUGACAGGCUCACUUCAGCCCUAAGAUAAUGCCUCUAGUCCAGACAGGCUGGGUGACAUGCUUACUUCAGCCCUAAGAUAAUGCCUCUAGUCUAGUCAAGCUGGGUGACAGGCUUCAGCCCUAAGAUAAUGCCUCUAGUCUAGUCAGGCUGGGUGACAGGCUUCAGCCCUAAGUUAAUGCCUCUAGUCUAGUCAGGCUGGGUGACAGGCUUCAGCCCUAAGAUAAUGCCUCUAGUCUAGUCAGGCUGGGUGACAGGCUUCAGCCCUAAGAUAAUGCCUCUAGUCUAGUCAGGCUGGGUGACAGGCUUCAGCCCUAAGAUAAUGCCUCUAGUCUAGUCAGGCUGGGUGACAGGCUUCAGCCCUAAGAUAAUGCCUCUAGUCUAGUCAGGCUGGGUGACAGGCUUCAGUCCUAAGAUAAUGCCUCUAGUCUAGUCAGGCUGGGUGACAGGCUUCAGCCCUAAGAUAAUGCCUCUAGUCCAGACAGGCUGGGUGACAGGCUUACUUCAGCCCUAAGAUAAUGCCUCUAGUCCAGACAGGCUGGGUGACAGGCUUCAGCCCUAAGAUAAUGCCUCUAGUCUAGUCAGGCUGGGUGACAGGCCUACUUCAGCCCUAAGAUAAUGCCUCUAGUCUAGACAGGCUGGGUGACAGGCCUACUUCAGCCCUAAGAUAAUGCCUCUAGUCUAGUCAGGCUGGGUGACAGGCUUCAGCCCUAAGAUAAUGCCUCUAGUCUAGUCAGGCUGGGUGACAGGCUUCAGCCCUAAGAUAAUGCCUCUAGUCCAGACAGGCUGGGUGACAGGCCUACUUCAGCCCUAAGAUAAUGCCUCUAGUCUAGUCAGGGCUGGGUGACAGGCUUCAGCCCUAAGAUAAUGCCUCUAGUCUAGUCAGGCUGGGUGACAGGCUUCAGCCCUAAGAUAAUGCCUCUAGUCUAGUCAGGCUGGGUGACAGGCCUACUUCAGCUCUAAGAUAAUGCCUCUAGUCCAGUCAGGCUGGGUGACAGGCUUCAGCCCUAAGAUAAUGCGUCUAGUCAGGCUGGGUGACAGGCCUACUUCAGCCCUAAGAUAAUGCCUCUAGUCUAGACAGGCUGGGUGACAGGCCUACUUUAGCCCUAAGAUAAUGCCUCUAGUCUAGUCAGGCUGGGUGACAGGCUUCAGCCCUAAGAUAAUGCCUCUAGUCUAGUCAGGCUGGGUGACAGGCUUCAGCCCUAAGAUAAUGCCUCUAGUCUAGUCAGGCUGGGUGACAGGCUUCAGCCCUAAGAUAAUGCCUCUAGUCUAGUCAGGGCUGGGUGACAGGCUUCAGCCCUAAGAUAAUGCCUCUAGUCUAGUCAGGCUGGGUGACAGGCUUCAGCCCUAAGAUAAUGCCUCUAGUCAGGCUGGGUGACAGGCUUCAGCCCUAAGAUAAUGCCUCUAGUCUAGUCAGGGCUGAAGCAGGGACGUCACUAGACAUUCAGAACAUCCGGGGGCUCAGACCUGAAGACCUGAGGCUGACUCCGGGGGCUCAGACCUGAAGACCUGAGGCUGACUCCGGGGGCUCAGACCUGAAGACCUGAGGCUGACUCCGGGGAGGAUUUGAUCCCUGCGUGACUGAUAUGAAGCCCCUCCCCUGCACACUAGCAGUGACCGUUUUGCAGAAAUAUGACGUUAGGUUGCAUAUCUCACUGCUUUCUUCCAUGCGCUGUGCUCUCUUGACGCCAAAUAACCAACACUUAAUAUUAAUUCAAUGGAUUGUGGUCAGUAAACCCAUGGAAUAUGGUGUCAAAAAAUGUUUUAUUUAUUAGCAAGUACAAAGUACAAGUUUAUAACUAGAAUUUUCAAUGAAGAAAAAUAGUUGGGAAAAGUAUAUUUCAUUUGGUUGCAAUGUUUUCAUAAACCAAGUUCAAUAUUUGACAAUAAAAAAAAGCCUCGAUGUUGGUCACAUUACUGCUAACUAAUGUGG